AUGGCGCUGCGGUCUCAGCUGCCCGCGUACGGCCGCGUGCGUGGAUGGCACAAGGAGGAGCUGCUAAACACGGCGCGCUUCCUCGCUGCACCCAGAAAGGCCAUCAUCGGCGCGGAUAAGUCGAACGGCGCAAAGGUGCGGUUCGCGUCGAUGAGGCUGGAGAGCACGCGGGAGAGUCGCUGCAAGCACAGCGUGAUUCUGCUGGAGACGGGGGAGCUGAACAAAUACGUUGGCGGCGCUAUCCUGAGCAAGGAGGCGGUGGGGAGGAACCGCCGCACCAGGAUGAAAUUUACAGAGAUGCUGCAGAAGAACGGGAUCGUGUCCAGCGUGAACGUCAGCGGCAGGCUGCACUCGUUCUGCGAGAGCGCGCCAGGUGAAGAGAUCACGUGUCAGCAUGAACGGCUACGUGGGGUGCAUGCAGUACUGCUACAAGCUGGACUGCCGCUUCUGCAAGUGGUGCGGGGGUAUUCAAGACAAAACUGGAACGUACUUGAGCCGCUGAUCCAGUUCAACACGGAUACGCAGUCGCGGCUGUCGCUGAGCGGGCUUGUGUCGAUCGUGGAACCGAAUGUGAUGCUUGGGGGUACGCUCGGCGCGGAGAUGUGGGAGUCAGUGUUCACUGUGUUGCACCACCAAGGCGUGAUUUGGAAAGGCAUGUUCCUGAAGUCGAGCCUAGUUUUUGCGAGGUUUGAGUGGGGGGUCAAGUGCUAGUUGGAGGUUGCCGGGCUUGUGCCAGUGCAGACACGGCCGUGAGGGGUGCCGCCGGCGGGGCCUGCGAUGAGGUUCCUGUCUGGCGGCCUUGGCGAGCCGCAGUCUUUGGAAUACCUGAACACGAUCCGCAACGCGCCUGUGCCGCGGGCGUGGGGCCUGACGUUCACGUUUUGGCGCGCGCGAAAGGCGUGGAGAGGUAAAGGCGACCUGAUCCUGAAGGCGUGCAAGGCGCUUCUGAAUCGUGCGAAGAUGAACGCUUGCUGCGCACGGCAAGUGCGAUGCGGAGCUGAAAGCGUCGGAGUAAGUGCGGCGCGCACGUGA